AUGAAUAAUUUAUCGGUGAAUGGAGGAGGAAAUCAGCUAUUCGCAAAGCCCACAAUUGGACGGUCCGAAUAUGGCCGGGUGAAAGUGGCGUUGGCACCAGGAAAAGGGCUUAUGGACUGGUUGAGGCUUACAACCAAUAAACAUCUGGCGAAACGGGUCACUGGCGGUGUAGAUCAUGUGGAAUUGAUGAAACAUGAUAAAGAAGACGAUUGUUGGGUUCAUUUAUUUGGGAGGGUCUACGACGUCACCAAGUACUUGGAAUUCCAUCCGGGUGGAAUUCCAGAAUUGCUACGUGGCGCCGGUCGAGAUGCGACACCACUAUUCAAUCAAUAUCAUGCAUGGGUCAAUUAUGAGAGUUUCCUGAAGGCGUGUCUUGUUGGUCCAUUCAUUGGAGACUUGACGAAAUUACCACCUCCACUGCCGCCUACAACAUCAGAAGACACAAAUAAACUAGGUCUUCCGCCUUCUGCCACCUCCCUUUUCUCCACAGAUCCCUCUGAAAAUGGAUUCGGAUCCCGUCUGGAAUUUUUAGAAAAUGGAAUUUCCAUCGAACACGACGAUUGGACAGGCCUAACUGAACAGAAUGUAGUCGUCAGCUUGCUAACGACUUCUGUGAAGACGUCAAUUAAUACACGUGGCGAGGAGUCUUCUGAAGAGCGUGCACGUCUUCGAAUUCUGAUUCACCACUUUUGGAAGCCAGCGAUGGAAUUUGAAUUUGAGGCAAAUUCCGAGCUUUUGGGCCAAACAUUUGACCUAAAAAUUGAGAAAAAUCGAGUGGAAUUGCAAUUUCCCGGCUUUCAAAAUUCGAAAAUUCGAGAAAUUUUGAGCCGGGAAAAGUGUAAAAUCCAGCGAAGACCUGGUGUUUCCUACCACGCCUUCAGAAUCACCAACGUCUUCCGUCUGAAUCACGACACGAUGGUUUUUAGCCUGGAGGCUCCGGAACACACGAUUUAUCGCAUUCCAAUGGGACAUCAUGUGUCGGUGAAGGUCAGGAAAGGAAACGCUGUCCUAUAUCGUCCGUAUACACCAAUCGCAUCUUCAAACCCACGUCAUCUGGAUUUGAUGAUAAAAAUCUACCCAGAUGGAAUCUGCACGCCUUCUCUGGAGAAUCUGAAAAUCGGCGAUGAGCUGGAAAUCAGUGAUCCGAUUGGGGAGAAAGACUUCACUGGAUGGGUUGAGAAUUCGCAACAAUUGAUUUUAUUGGCUGCUGGAAGUGGUCUAACGCCGAUGAUUAAUAUUCUGGAGAGACGGAUUCAGAAGACGUCGGGAGGAGAUUCAGAAGUCUAUCUUUUGAUGUUCAAUAAGACGGAAGAGGAUAUUCAGACGACGUCACCAGAAGAAGACGUGAAAAAUCUGUGGAAACUUGGGGAUUAUUGGAAAGAGAACGAGGGAAAUCAAAAAAUUGUGUCUCUUUUAAAAAUCUCAAAAUUUCCACAUUUUCAGCUCCGAAACAUUCUCUCCGCGCCGAAAACCGAAGAAUCUGAGCAUCAACUGCACGGACGAGUCUCUGGCGAUCUCCUUCAAUCGAUAAUUGCCACGUCAUCAGGAGCGCGAAGAGCGUUCAUUUGUGGACCCGAUGGAUUCAUUAUGGCUGCUAAAAACGCUCUCGACACUCUGAACAUCUCCAGCGAUCAUGUGCACAUAUUUCAAGGAUGA